CCUCAGCAAGGGCCAGGUCCCCAUGCUUCUGUGGCUGCUGCUACUCCUCCUGGGAUUAGCUCCAAAAGCUUUUCUUCUCCUUACUCCUCCAUGGUCCACACACUUCAAAGGACAGAAAGUGACUCUCAAAUGCAGGGAUUCCCGUUAUCCAGCCUGGGGAGAUGUAUCCUGGUAUUAUAAUAAGAAUUUGAUGAGAGAAGAAUCUGGAGAGAUUCAAAUAAAAAAGUCUGGAUAUUACAAAUGCAAGACCCAAGUAUCUUCCUUCAGUGAUCCCGUACAUGUGGAAUUUUUGUCUGACUGGCUGAUCCUCCAGGCUUCCCACCCUGUAUUUGAAGGAGACAAGGUACUUCUGAGAUGUCUGGGGAAGGAAGAAGACAUUCCUAGUGAAAAGAUUUACUACAAAGAUGGAAAAAAACUUGGUAGUACUUAUAGUACAGAGGCCAUCAUACUAAAUUCAGUUUCCCUGGAAAAUAGCAAAUAUCAUUGUACUGUGUCUAGGAAGGAUUUCUGGAGUUCAUGGAAAGAAACUUCAAAACCUCUAAGGAUCCAAGUUCAAGAGUUGUUUCCGCCUCCUGUGCUGACAGCCAGCCCCUCCCAGCCCAUAGAGGGGAGCCCAGUGGCCCUGAAAUGUGAGACCUGGCUUCCUCCACAGAAGUCAGACACUCAGCUUCAAUUCUGUUUCUUCAGAGAAGACCAGGCCCUGGGGUCAGGCUGGAGCAGCUCCUCAGAGCUCCAGAUCUCUGCCAUAUGGAGUGAAGACUCAAGUUCUUACUGGUGCCAGGCAAAGACAGUGACUCACAGUGUCAUAAAAAGAAGCUUGAAAUCCCAGAUACUUGUGCAGAGAGUCCCUGUGUCUGAUGUGAAUCUAGAAAUCCAGCCCUCUGGGGGGCAGCUGAUUGAAGGAGAAAAUCUGGUCCUUAUCUGCUCAGUAGCCAAGGGGACAGGGACUAUCACAUUCUCCUGGCACAGAGAGGGCACAAUAAGAAUUUUGGGAAGAAAGACCCAGCGUUCCCUGUCAGCAGAGCUCCGGAUACCCACUGUGAAGGAGAGUGAUGCUGGGAGAUACUACUGUGCAGCUGACAAUAUUCAUGGCCCCAUCCUCAGUAAACUGACUAUGGUCACAUUGAGAAUUCCAAUGUCUCGCCCUGUCCUCACCAUCAGGGCUCCCAAGGCCCAGGCUGUGGUAGGGGAUGUGGUGGAGCUUCGUUGUGAGGCCUGGAGAGGCUCUCCUCCAAUCUUGUACCAGUUUUAUCAUGAAGAUGCCACCCUGGGAAGGAGCUCAGCCCCUUCUGGAGGAGGAGCAUCCUUCAACCUCUCUCUGACUGCAGAACAUUCUGGAAAUUACUCCUGUGAGGCUGACAAUGGCCUGGGAGCCCAGCAUAGUGACAGAGUGACUCUCAAUGUCACAGUUCCAGUGUCUCGUCCUGUCCUCACUCUCAACCCUGCUGGCACCCAGCCUGUGGUGGGAGAUGUGUUGGAGCUUCGCUGUGAGGCCCAAAGAGGCUCUCCCCCGAUCCUGUACUGGUUUUAUCAUGACAAUGUCACCCUGGGGAAAAUCUUGGCCCCCUUUGGAGGAGGAACAUCCUUCAACCUCUCUCUGACGGCACAGCCUUCUGGGAACUACUCCUGUGCGGCCGACAAUGGUCUAGGGAUCCAAUGCAGUGAGGUGGUAAUGCUCAACUUCACAGUGCCUUCCAGGAGCAAAAUAAUCCUUAUCACUGUGGGAGUCAUCUCGGGGCUGCUAAGUAUCCUUGGCCUUACUGCUACUGCUGCUCUGGUGUGCAAGUUCAAGACCCAAAGGAAAUCAGGAGGACUUUCUGCCACUGGAACACCUGGUUACAGUCCCAAUGAGUGUCAGGAACCUUCUUUGUCCAAGCCUUUCAGCACAGACACCCAAGAACCCACUCACUCUGAGCUACCAGCCCUAAUGGAGCUGCAGCCAGUGUACAGCAAUGUGAAUCCUGGAGAUAGUGACUUGGUUUAUUCCCAGGUCAGGAGCACCCAGCCUACAAAAGAACAUUUAGCAAAUUCACCAAGGAUGCAUUGGGAGCACGAGGGAUCCACAGUCAUCUAUUCAGAAGUGAAGAAGACACAUCCAGAUGAUUCUGCAGGUCAGGCCAGCAGUGGAGGCUGGGCCCAUGAAGAUGCUACAGAAAGCUAUGAGAAUGUCCCAUGUGCAUCAAUGGCCUUGGACCACUAGCCCUUUACCCAGAGUGACCUCCAGAGACCCUGCAAAUCAGUCCCUGCUAUUCUCCCUAUAUUCUCCAACCAUGCACCCUCUGCCUCCAUGACUCAGCCUCCAAGGAGGCUGGAGGGGACUUGAGGCUGUGUGAAAUAUCUGCCAGCCUCCUCUGUCUCUGGGUCUGUUCAUCUCUAGGAAUAGAGUGGGCGUUUGUUUGAGUAAAUACUGCAUUCUUUUUUCAGUAGACGUACAUAUGAAAGCAAUGCAGGUAGGCCUUCAGCACCUGGGUCCAUGGAAUAGAGGAGGAGGGAGAAAUGACCUGGCCAGAGUCAUAAGGGCGCAACGUAGUUAUUUAAUUGAAGUGUGAUUGAAAGCUUUUAAUGUACUCUCUCUGCAUAAGUAGUUUGAUCUAAACAUUUUUUUUCUUUUGUGCAUGUGUGUUUGGUAGUGGCAUUGCUGAUGUUCUGGUGUAUAUGUUAUGUUCCAGCUACCAAAUUGGAAAUGAUCAAAAGGAUUCAUUCUAUCUACAUAUAUACUAUUUCUUGAUGAAAUAUGUAUUUGAAAAAAAUAGCCCAGUUUAUUUAAAGAGAUAGAGCUUCUAAAUUAUCUGAUUACGUAGUGUUAUGGACUGAGUUGUGUUCCCUCAGAAUUCAUAUGUUGGAGCCCUAACCCCAAUGUGAUGAUAGUUGGAGAUAGGGUUUUUAAGGAGGUAAUUAAGGUUAAAUGAAGUCACGAGGUCAGGCUGUAAUCCAACUGGCCUGGUGUCCUUACAAGAACAAGAAGAGGCACUGGAGAUCUCUCUAUCUCUUCUUGUGCACAUAGAGGAAAGGUUAUGUGAGUACACAGCAAGAAGGCACCAUCUGCGCAGCCCAAGGUGGCCGGAAAGAGAAGUCUCACCAGCAACCAACCCUAUCAGCACCUGGAUCUUCGAUUUCCAGGCUCUAAACUCUGAGAAAAUAAGCGUCUGAUAUUUAAGCCACCUACUCUGUGGCAUUUUGUAAUGACAGCCAGAGCAGAUUAAUACAGAUUUAUACAUAGAUAUAUAGACGAUAAAUGAUCGGUGAUUAUAAUGUUGAUGAUGAUAAUGAUGAUGAUGGUAGAUAAAUAAUAAAAUAGAUGCAGACAUAUGACACACCUCUCUACCCACACAGAAUUUUUGGUCUUCAAGAUACUUUGGUCUCACAGGAUCAAACAUUCUUCCUACCUGAGGCAGGUUAGUUUUUGCUGUUUAAUUAUUCAACAUCCAAUAUUUGAAGACUACAGAAGCAUCAGCACAAACCCUGUAAGCCCAGUAGAGCCAAUGAUUCACGUGACUCAGAUGGCAAAACUUAGUGUCACUCGGGAGCCCUCAUGACCUGUUCUGGCAGUGGAUAUAGAGAUAGACGCAAGGCAAUCAGUAGGCUCAAAGGAGGACAACCCCUUCUUUUGCUCAAAGACCCCUAAUCCAUUCCUCAACUGACUGACAAACAUUGAAUGUCUACCACUGAAGAGAAAAAAUUUUUAAAGUGUGACUUUGUGCUUAAGUUUCAGGAAAAAUGGCAGAAUAACUUUUAUUCAUAAGAUUUGCUGGGGCAAGAAAUGAAUAACUGAAAUUGUUGGGAUCUAUCACCUAGUGUUACACGCAAAUUUUAUUAGCUCUGAAAACAAUAGAUCUUAAGAAAAGAAGCUAGUAAGUUCACUAAUGACUGAUUUAUAUCAACUGUUAUAAUGUAUGGACGUCAUGGAUUUUACACCAGUCAUUAUUCAUGACUUUAAGUAAAUAACACAACGAUGUUUUGCAAAACUGGAAAAUAACUCAAGCAUAAAAGUAUUAAGUGUAUUUUAUAUUUUUGGCUUUUACCCUUGGGGGUCAGAAGGUUAGACAACAGAAAGUAUAACAUAUACUUUAGAAAAGUGCAAUCUGAUUUGAGGUUUUUAAUCAUAGGCUUAUGAAUUCAACUAGCAAGAUAAUUUGCUGAGAAAAAAACCUACUUCUUUCUUAAAGAGGUCAUACAUAUUUUUCUUAUUAAAGGGGCUUAUAUGUCUUGUCACCAUGUUACUAGGUACAAAAUGCAAUCUGGAAUGUAUGCCUGGCCUUUCAAGGGUGCAAGAGAUCCAGGUGUAAUCUAUAUCUGUGCUUAAAUUUUGCUCCAAAUGCCUCCCCACUUUGGGAUCCAGGAAGAAUAAAGCUGUAUAUGGGGGAGGAGUCAAUAUCACCAAGUGCCAACUGUGAGAAAUCCAUUUGGAAGAGUGAUGAAAAAGGACAAAUGUUUCUUUAUUGACUUAAGAGAGAAAAUUCCUAAAGGAGAAAGACAGGAUCUAGGCAGCAUCCCAUGGACAGUGAGAGUCACUCUCCAGGAGUGCCAGUCAGUGGUGCAAGCAGCACCAAGGACAGCAGCCUCUAACAAGAAGAGAACCAGCAAAUGGCAGCAAGAGAUGGGGACCAGAGAGACUCUAGAGUGCAUAGAAUAGUUCCGAGCUUAUGAGAGCCUCCCUCCCAGAACUCCAUAUCCAGGUCCUCAAACUGAGGGCAAAUAAUAGUACCUGUAAGCAGUCAGGAAGUCUAAGAAAUAUUUGGGAGAAGAUUCAAGAGAAAAUUAUUUUUUGAAUUAGUCAAGAAAGUAAAUUUGAAGCUUCAAGAUUUGACACAUUACUAUAAUUUCUUUCUUUACAUUAUGUUUAUUUGCUUACAAAUUUAUUGUAGAAUAAUUUAUGUGCAACAAACUGCACAUUUUUAAAGUGUACAAUUCAAUGAGUUUGACAGAUGUAUACAUCCGUGAACCCCCCACCACCACAAUCAAGAUGCUGAAAUCUCCAUCACCCCCCAAAGUUUCCUCAUCCUCUAAGCAAUACUGCUUUCCCUCUACCGCCAUCUUAUGUAAUCAUUGAUAUGCUUUCUGACACUAUA